GGACGCGGCUACCGGUCAGGGCAAGCGGGUCAGAGGAGGGUCUGCCGGGGCGAGCGACAGCGCUCCGGGACCGGGUUGGAACAGGGUGCGGCCACACGCUUCCGGUGCUCAGCUUCCGGCUCCGGGUCCGGGCCUGGGGCAGAGGCGGAGCCACCGCCCGCCGCGACUUUCAGACUCGCACCAUGGCUCUGCGCUGGUGGUGCUGGCGGCGCGGCUGCUCUUGGAGGCAGGUGGCCGGGAGCCCGCGGCUGGGACACCCUAGCUGUGCGGAGCCGCUCGGGAUGCGCGCCGCCUCGGACACCCGCGCGCAGAUGCCCUAUUUUAGUCUGGUGAAGACUUUAGCAUCUGCUUUCCCAAGUGUGAACAGUAUAUCACAGUUUCACCAAAGGACACCAGCAGUGUGCUGUUGUAGUCAAACACAGAGUGGUGAGAAGUACACUGAUCCUUUUAAACUUGCCUGGAGAGACUUGAAAGGUCUGUAUGAAGACAUUAGAAAGGAGCUGUGCGUCUCCACCAGAGAACUGAAGGACAUGUCUGAAUACUACUUCGAUGGCAAAGGAAAAGCUUAUAGACCGAUUAUUGUGGUGCUAAUGGCCCGAGCAUGUAAUAUUCAUCAUAAUAACUCCCGAGACAUGCAAGCCAGCCAGCGCUCCAUAGCCUUAAUUGCAGAAAUGAUCCACACUGCUAGUCUGGUUCACGAUGACGUUAUUGACGAUGCAAGUUCUCGAAGAGGAAAACAUACAGUCAAUAGAAUCUGGGGUGAAAAGAAGGCUGUUCUUGCUGGAGAUUUAAUUCUUUCUGCAGCAUCUAUAGCUCUGGCACGGAUUGGAAACACAGCUGUUAUAUCUAUUUUAACCCAAGUUAUUGAAGAUUUGGUGCGUGGUGAAUUUCUUCAGCUAGGGUCGAAAGAAAAUGAGAAUGAAAGGUUUGCACACUACCUUGAAAAGACCUUCAAGAAGACUGCCAGUCUGAUAGCCAACAGUUGUAAAGCAGUCUCUCUCCUGGGUUGCCCUGACCCAGUGGUGCAUGAGAUUGCCUAUCAGUACGGCAAAAACAUUGGAAUAGCAUUUCAGCUCAUAGAUGACGUAUUGGACUUCACCUCAUGUUCUGAUCAGAUGGGCAAGCCAACAUCUGCAGACCUGAAGCUAGGCAUAGCCACCGGCCCUGUCCUGUUUGCUUGCCAGCAGUUCCCAGAAAUGAACGCUAUGAUAAUGAGACGGUUCAGCUUGCCAGGAGAUGUGGACAGAGCUCGGCAAUAUGUGUUACAGAGUGACGGCGUGCAACAAACAACCUACCUCGCCCAGCAGUACUGUCACGAAGCAGUGAGAGAGAUCAGGAAACUUAGACCAUCCACAGAAAGGGAUGCCCUCAUUCAGCUUUCAGAAAGUGUCCUCACAAGAGACAAAUGACUAUACUUUCUGUUCUUUCUGGCAGCUAUUUUACCAGACUGUGCCUAAUGAAUUUUGUGAAAUGAUAUUUGCUUCAUGUGCAGAUAACCAAAAAUCAUUUUAGAAAAUAAUUUCAACCUUACUAUUGGUGGGCAAUUUUUUUUAUUGGCAAAGUUUUUCAGAAAACUUUUUAAAUGUAAUUAAACCAGUGUCAUUAUAGUCCUAUAAAUUCUAAUCGAGGUAUCCUGAUGGUUAUAUGUGGUAUUGUUUACACUGUUAAUGCCCACAUGUAAAGCCAUUACACAAAUAAAUAAUCAACGUUAAAAUUCAA